GCUAGGGCAACAGGAAUACAAUAUGGCGGCCGGAUCCUAACGCUUUCCAGCCAGGGACCACUGCGAAGAUCCACGAGCCGGAAGCCGCCUCAGGAAAACAGAAGGCCGGUUCCACAGUCUCGUCUCUUUUCGGCCCGGGUCCGACCACGGACUGUCGCCGUCAUCCGCGUUCAGGAUGAAGAACUACAAAGCAAUUGGCAAGAUAGGAGAGGGAACGUUUUCUGAAGUUAUGAAGAUGCAGAGUCUGAGAGAUGGAAACUACUAUGCCUGUAAACAGAUGAAGCAGCACUUUGAAAGUAUUGAGCAAGUGAACAAUCUACGAGAGAUACAAGCACUGAGGCGCCUGAAUCCACACCCAAACAUUCUUACGUUGCAUGAAGUGGUUUUUGACAGGAAAUCUGGUUCUCUUGCACUAAUAUGUGAACUUAUGGACAUGAAUAUUUAUGAGCUAAUACGAGGGAGAAGACAUCCACUGUCAGAGAGAAAGAUCAUGCAUUAUAUGUACCAGCUAUGCAAAUCACUCGACCACAUGCACAGAAACGGGAUAUUUCACAGAGAUGUAAAACCAGAAAAUAUACUAGUAAAGCAGGAUGUCCUGAAACUAGGGGACUUUGGGUCAUGCCGGAGUGUCUAUUCCAAGCAACCCUACACAGAGUACAUCUCUACCCGCUGGUACCGGGCCCCAGAGUGUCUUCUCACCGAUGGGUUCUACACGUACAAGAUGGACCUGUGGAGCGCUGGCUGUGUGUUCUACGAGAUUGCCAGCCUGCAGCCCCUCUUCCCUGGUGUGAAUGAACUGGACCAGAUCUCAAAAAUCCAUGAUGUCAUUGGUACACCUUGUCAGAAGACGCUCACCAAGUUCAAACAGUCGAGAGCUAUGAGUUUUGAUUUUCCUUUUAAAAAGGGAUCAGGAAUACCUCUACUGACAACCAAUUUGUCCCCGCAAUGCCUCUCCCUCCUGCAUGCAAUGGUGGCCUAUGACCCUGAUGACCGAAUCGCGGCUCACCAAGCCCUUCAGCACCCCUAUUUCCAGGUGCAGAGAGCCGCUGAGACACAGACCCUAGCCAAGCACAGAAGAGCUUUCUUCCCGAAGUACCCCAUGGUGCCAGAGUCAUCCAGGCAAAACUGGUCAUCCUCAAAGGAGGGCAGAAAGCAGAAGCAGCCCCUGAGGCAAGAGGAGGGCCGUGCCAGAAGACAAGGGCCAGCCAGCUUGAUGGAACUGCCUAAACUGAGGCUGUCCGGAGUAACCAGAUUGUCAUCGUGUUCUAGUCCUGCGCUGCGGUCAGUGUUAGGCACUGGAGCAAACGGAAGAGUCCCUGUGUUGAGACCCCUGAAGUGUGCUGGUGCGAACAAGAAGACAGACACACAGAAGGACAUCAAACCUCACCUGAAACAGUAUCACCUGCCUACGAUCAACAGGAAAGGGGGUGAAUACUGAGCAGCACACCACCUGGUCACCCUUUUGGAGAGCAAGGGCAGGCGCUAUGAGCAGGCUUAGGCCCCUGCGGCUGAGAGUGGACGGGCCAAAGGAUGCCCUGUGUGCUGGUGGUCCUGGCAAUGCUUGGUGGCCCAGGGACAAGCUGCC